AAUUUGUGGAUUGAAGAAUGGCUGUUUUUCAGCCGACAGGACAGAAAAGAUUGACAAAUGUUGCAGUGGUGCGGAUGAAAAAGGGAGGAAAGAGAUUUGAAAUAGCAUGUUAUCCAAAUAAAGUAUUGUCAUGGAGAAAUAAGGUUGAAACAGACAUUGAUGAAGUUUUACAGACCCAUACAGUGUUCACUAAUGUUUCUAAAGGAGAAGUUGCAAAGUCUGAUAUACUGAAGAAAGCUUUCAGUAAUGAUAACCAACCAGAAAUAUGCUUACAGAUUUUAGCAAAAGGGGAGUUACAAGUAUCUGAAAAAGAAAGGCAUGCCCAGUUAGAAUCAAUGUUUAGAGACAUUGCUACAACUGUAGCAGAUAAAUGUGUAAACCCUGACACAAAUCGCCCAUAUACAGUCACACUGAUAGAAGGUGCAAUGAAAGAUUUACAUUUCUCAGUCAAACCCACCAAAAGUACAAAACAACAGGCAUUAGAAGUCAUUAAGCAAUUAACAGAAACUGAAACCAUAAAAAUACAGAAAGCUUUCAUGAGGCUGAAAAUUACAGUGCCAGCUAAAGAUGGAAAAAAAGUAAGGGAGAAAAUAAGAAAGAUUGCAAAGAAAAUAGAAUCUGAUGAUUUUGAUGGUGACUUAGAAAUGGUGAUAUUGGUCGACCCUGGUUGUUUUCGGGAAAUAGAUGAACUUGUGAGGCAUGAUACAAAGGGCAAAGGACAGCUAGAAGUAAUAAGUUUGAAAGAUGUGGAAGAGGGAGAUGAAAUGAUGUGAACUGCAAUAUUUAACCACUUUAUUAUUAUUAUAUAUAUAUAAAAUAAAUAUAUACAUAUA